AAGACAGGAGCACACUGACAAGUGAGACACAGACAGCUUGUCCUCUCUGUGAUUAUUACCGCCACGAGGCAGUCGACCACUCGACACACACUCACAGCCACCGGCAAUGGCUCCGCCGAUUCUGCUCGCCGUCGUGCUUCUCGUCGUCCAACUCUCAGCUGCAGCGCCGGUGGUGUUCCCCGACGAGGCGCUGCCGACCAAGUCCGGCUACCUCCCCAUCCCGCCAGCCAACGCCUCGCUCUUCUUCGCCUACUACGAGGCCACGCACCCGCUCACGCCGCCGCCCUCCACGCCGCUCCUCCUCUGGCUCCAGGGCGGCCCCGGCUGCUCCGGCCUCACGGGCAACUUCUUCGAGCUCGGCCCCUACUUCGUCAACCCCGACUCCGUCUCCCUCUCGCCCAACCCCUUCUCUUGGAACCGCCGCUUCGGCCUUCUCUUCAUCGACAACCCGCUCGGCACCGGCUUCAGCGCCGUGCCGUCCCCCGCCGCCAUCCCCACCAACCAGUCCGUCGUCGCCGCGCACCUCUUCGCCGCGCUCCAGUCGUUCUUCGCGCUCCAGCCGGGCUUCCGCUCCCGCCCCUUCUUCCUCACCGGCGAGAGCUAUGCCGGCAAGUAUGUCCCGGCGGCUGGGUCGUACAUCCUGGCCGUGAACCCCACGCUGCCGGAGCAGCUGCGGGUCAACCUCCGCGGCGUGGCCAUCGGCAACGGGCUGACGCACCCGGUGGCGCAGGUGGCCACGCACGCCGACACCGCCUACUUCAUGGGGCUGGUCAACGCCAGGCAGAAGCGGGAGCUGGAGGCGCUGCAGGCGAGAGCGGUGGAGCUGACGAACGCGGCGAGGUGGCGCGAGGCCGCCGACGCGAGGGGGCUCGUGCUAUCGUGGCUGGAGAACGCGACGGGGCUUGCGACGCUGUUCGACGCGGCGAAGCAGCGCCCCUACGAGACGGGCCCCGUGGGGGAGUUCCUGAACCGGGCGGAGGUGAAGGCGGCGCUGGGCGCGCGCGGCGACGUGGGGUGGGAGGAGUGCAGCGGCGCGGUGGGCGCGGCGAUGCACGAGGACGUGAUGAGGAGCGUGAAGCCGGAGGUGGAGGCGCUGCUGCGCGGGGCCGGGAGGGCGCGGGUGCUGCUGUACCAGGGCAUCCGCGACCUCCGGGACGGCGUGGUGUCCACGGAGGCGUGGAUGCGGGAGCUGGAGUGGGACGGCCUGCGCGGCUUCCUCGACGCCGGCCGCGCCGUGUGGCGCGUCGGCGGGGAGCUCGCCGGCUACGUGCAGCGGUCAGGCCCGCUCUCCCACGUCGUCGUGUACGGCGCCGGGCACCUCGUGCCGGCGGACAACGGGCGCGCGGCGCAGGAGAUGAUCGAGGACUGGGUGCUGCAGGCGGGGCUGUUCGGCGGCGGCAUGAGGCGCGCGGCUUGACGACGGCCGCGGCGGGCGCCUCAUCGCUCGUUGUCUCGACUUUAUUCUUAUUUU